UUCAGCCAGUUGGGCCUCUGCAUGAAUGGCUUAUGAAGUCGAGGUUUCAACACAAAACUUAAUGUGUGUUUUUGAUUCUGAAAUCAGAGCUGAAGUCUGCUGUUUUGGGUUUUUCUUUUGCAUGUCGGGCUUGCUUACAUCUGGCAGCCCUGCUCCAAACUUUCACUUUAAGAAGGCGCGUCUACGCUGCAGUGUUUAUUACAACCCUUAAAGUGGCACAUGGAAACCAUAGCUGAUUUCUGCAUGGCACAAAUCUAGACCUACAGAUUCUGCGUGUCCGGUGUGGGGAAAUGCUUUGGGCGAACUGAUCCACGGAGUAUAUUCCUGUGGCUUGUCUGACUAUUUUUAUCCGUGGCGGCAGCACCUUCAGUGAAUGCUGCAGCGCCAGCUCCUCACCGAGGCGCGCGGCGAGCCGAGAAGGAUCGGCAGAUUCAGACAGACGGCUGGUGGGGGUCGGGACUAGACGAGACAUGAAAUAGUCCACCGGUAGAGCCGUCAAAGGUGAAGCACAUUGGGACGCGAGUGAAAUGGAGGCACCGCCGGGGACGAGCUGCUGUGAGCGCACCUUGGCCAAACGGGAAUAACCGAGCCGUGAAACGGGCUGGGAUGGCAGCAUCCAGUAACUCAAGCCUCUCAGGUUCAUCUGUGUCUUCUGACCCUGAGGAUUACCAACCGCCCAUAUGGAAGUCCUACUUGUACCAGCUACAGCAGGAAGCCCCGAGACCAAAGAGGAUCACAUGUCCUCAGGAGAUGGAGAGCAGACCCAAAUACUACGGCAGAGAGUUUCAUGGCAUGAUCUCUCGAGAAUAUGCUGAUGAGCUUCUGGCAGGAGUGGAGGGUGCUUACCUCAUCAGGGAGAGCCAAAGACAGCCAGGGACACACACCUUGGCCUUAAGGUUUGGGCACCAGACCCUCAACUACAGAUUGUUCUAUGAUGGGAAGCACUUUGUCGGGGAGAAGAGGUUCGAGUCCGUCCAUGACCUUGUGACAGAUGCCCUCAUCACUCUCUACAUUGAGACCAAGGCAGCGGAGUACAUCGCCAAAAUGACCACGAACCCCAUCUACGAGCAUCUCGGUUACACCUCGUUGCUCAAGGACAAGAUGGUGCACAGGCUGAGCCGCGGACGCACGGAACCACGCAGGGUCACCUUCCAGAGAGAUGAAAAGAUCACCUCCCCUCUGGUGCGACGGAGUGCCUUGAAAGAUACACCAGAGAAGCAGUGCUCCUAUGAGAAGAUACACAACUUCAAGGUACACACCUUUCGAGGGCCGCACUGGUGCGAGUACUGUGCCAAUUUCAUGUGGGGCCUCAUCGCCCAGGGUGUCCGCUGCUCAGAUUGCGGGCUGAAUGUACACAAACAGUGCUCCAAACUGGUUCCCAGCGACUGCCAGCCGGACCUGCGCAGGAUAAAGAAAGUGUUCAGCUGUGACCUCACCACACUAGUCAAAGCUCAUAACACAACACGACCCAUGGUGGUGGACAUGUGUAUUCGAGAGAUAGAGCUGAGAGGUAUGAAAUCUGAAGGUCUCUACAGAGUAUCUGGCUUCUCAGAGCACAUAGAGGAUGUGAAGCUCGCCUUUGACCGAGAUGGUGAAAAGGCCGAUAUCAGUGCCAGUGCCUAUGCAGACAUUAACAUCAUUGCUGGUGCUUUGAAGCUCUAUUUAAGAGACCUUCCCAUUCCAGUCAUUCCGUUUGACUUGUACCCCAGAUUUAUUCAAGCUGCAAAAAUUCCAAAUGCUGAAUCCAGACUAGAGGCCAUCCACGAGAGCUUACUGCAACUCCCGCCAGCCCACUAUGAGACCCUGCGUUACCUGAUGGCUCACUUGAAGAGGGUGACACAGUUUGAAAAGGACAAUUUAAUGAAUGCUGAGAACCUGGGAAUUGUCUAUGGUCCAACGCUUAUGCAGCCACCAGAGCAGAACGCUUUGACAACCCUGAAUGACAUGAGGCAGCAGAAACUAGUGGUGCAGCUUAUGAUAGAGCAUGAAGAUGUCUUAUUCUAAGGACUGAGGCAUGCAGGCCUAAUUAAAGAAACGAAGGACAUUUAUUUAUUCUGUCAAAGAGGAAAUUCAAGCCACCUUGAUUCUAAUGACAUUUCAGAAUAGUUUGUAAAUCAAAUUGAACUUGAAACACUUCUUUCUCGCAUGACUGUUUUAGUUGAAGUUGGUUUAGUGUUGACAUCGUCUUGUUACUGUAAGUUUUGGGAUUUCAUACCCAGCCAAGACCAUCAUUUUUAUAUUAGGAAAGGAUCUGGUAUUUUUAACUACCUUCAGUGCUGUUCCCUCCUCUCUUUAUUUUGAAGACUGUCACUACCUGGUGUAGGCUCAGUCAUGAUGACAACGCUGUGUGAAAUCUGCCCCAGGCAGCCCGUCAAUCAGCGCUGGUGCUGUGUAAACCAAGCCUCACAGCAGCAGCCUAGUUAACGUUCCCACAUUACAUAUGUGCAUAUGGUGAUUUUAGUGGGAACGCAUGGUUAAAAUUUCAUUGUAGAUAAAAUCAGAUCAUGUGAUGAUCAAUAUUUUAACUGUGCGUACUAAAAAAUGGGAGAUGAGACAAUUGGGCGCUCAUUAAGCACUUUUUUGCAACAAGUGUAAAGAUUUAUUUUGUAAAGAUGUUUAUUUUUGUCUUUUACUCUGCAUCAUGUUCUUUUGUCACAAUAAUAUAUACUGUUGAGAAUGA